CUUAGCCAUACGCCUUCCUGACAACAUGAGGUCCGGCAGCUUCUUGGUCCUGGUGGUGUUCCUUGUCCUUGGGACAUUGGCAACACAGGCAGCCGUCACAGGAGUUCCUCCUAAAGGUCAAGGCACUGACAAAGGUGAUGUUCUGAUCAAAAGACAAGAUCCAGUCAAAGCCCAAAGUCUACUCAGAGGUCCCAUCACCACUAAGCCUGGCGUCUGCCCCAGGAUUCUGAUCCGGUGCGCCAUGUUGAAUCCACCUAACCGCUGUUGGAGCGACGCUGGCUGCCCAGGGGCCAAGAAGUGCUGUGAGGGCUACUGUGGGCGGGCCUGUUUGGAUCCCCAGUGAGGUGGAGCCUGUCCUUGCUGCACCUGCGAAGCACUCAGGGCUGCAGGCCCUGGUCCCUGUAGCACUACCCUCUCCCACACUGCCCAUUUUUCCUCUCGUUCAGGAAGCCCAAGCCUGGGGCUGCCUCUCUCAUUGACUUUCCAAUAAAAGACCGCUUUGUGCUCCA